GCUAGAGCAAGCCAUAGGUGAGUACGAUUCCAUUGCAAGCGUUCCGAUGUCAGACGAUCAGAAGGUUGCUUCCUUGCUUAGGUCAGUUGUUGUGCGCUAUGAUGCGUCAUCAAGCAAGUGGGGAGCUUCAGUUGCCGCAACGUUUGGUCUCACUGAAGGGAAAGGUGGAACUUUCCAAGAUCAGCCGACUCCCAUGGAGAUUGAUCGCUUGGGCAAGGAUGGUAAAGGUAAAGGGGGCAAGAAUCGUGAAGGCAAAGGAAAAGGCAAAGGCAAGGAUGGCAAAGGGAAAGGCAAGCAAGCCCACAACCCAGAUGCAAACAAGACAUGCCAUAAUUGCCAGCGUAAAGGCCACUUUGCCCGAGAUUGCCCGUUCCCAAAGAAGGUACAACAGGUUGAAGCCGAAGCAUCUCCUUCGCAGCCCGCGUCCGCCGAAGGCAAUGGUGGAAACGGAAAGCCCAAGGCUAUCCCAAAGCCGCAGAUCAGGCGCCUCAUGUUGAAUCUUGAUGACUUUAGUGAGUCAAAUGAAGGUCAGGUCUGUGUUGUGCAGAUGGACAGGUUGGAUUGCAAGCAUUUCAGUCCUUGUGUGUGCUUCAGUGCAUGUUCAAGCAUUGGACAGUGCGCAUCAGUGUGUGAUGGUGCAAGCUCAGGGCUGUGCACCAAGGGGCCAGGAAGUUGUGCGUGCUUAGGGCAUAGCACAUGCGCCUCAGCCAGCACAUGCAAGGUUUCCCCAGGUGAAGGCAGCAGCCUCAUGUGUAGAGUGUGUGGUUAUAUUAGUGGGUUGAUCUCAGGGUGCUGUGUUUCUCACAAUGCAGCAUUGCGUGAGCCUCCCUCACAGGAGCGCCGUCGCUUUGAUGGUGGUUGCGUCCGCAUGCUGUCUCAAGAUGAUGAGCUUGGGGAGGAAGUUGAGUUCAUCCUGGACUCUGGUUCUGAUGCGUCCUGCCUGCCUCCUUCUCUGCAAUGGGUUGGCAAGUUGUCGUCAACAGACCGCAGCAAGUACUCUGAUGCGCAAGGAAAUCCGCUUCAUGUCAGCGGAACACGUAGAGCUGUUCUGACUUUUGCAGAUCAGGAUCAACAUUGCAGCGGCGUCGUUUCAGAAACCUUUUUGGUUGCUCCUUCGGUUGAAACUCCUCUCCUUGCUGUUGGAAAGAUGUACCGUGCCGGUUUUGGUAUCGAAAACCUUGGAGAUGGGGAGAUGUACUUGAGAAAUCCUGAUAACACCUUCAGAGCACGUGUGUAUCUCAAGAACAACAGCCUAGCCGCAAGGUGUAGGAUUCGCAUGAUGAGCCAACUGGAUCAUGCACAUGGCACCCCUGAGGAUUCAAACUGCAAUGCCCAGGUAGUGCCAGAGGUUCCCACCAGCAGUGCGCAGGCAUCGCCAGAGGUUCCCAGCAGCAGUGCGCAGGGAUCGUCAGAGGUUCCCAGUAGCGUUGCAGGAGCAGUUUCAGGUAUCCCAGGUGCGCAAUGCAGUGUGAGGGCCGUGACGUGCGCCAUAGAAAAUCUGAGCACAAGCAUUCCUGAUUACUUUGUACAGUUGGGUCCAGACAUCUUUGCACUGAAGGGGUACUCUGUCCGUCAUGUUGACCUUGGGAUGGCCUUGCCGCGUGAGGGUUGUGACUUCCGGAGCACUCUCAUUAGAGAUGGGGACAAGUGGCUUGUUCUUGAGUGGUGUGAGCCAGUCAGCGACAUGGAAGAUCCCAGUGGUUUCUUGACAGAUGGUCCAGAGCCAAGAGGUCAUUGUGUUUGGAAGUCGCAAAUACAUUGCCCCUGCCGAUGUUGGACUGACUGUCACUGA